AUGUCCCAAGAUCAGCAAGCUCAAGUCGCCGACCAGUUAAUUGUUGAACAAACACUCCCGACAGAUCAUGCUCAUAAUGAUCAAGAAGAUCCAACGCCAGUUCAAUCCCCAGAAAAAAAGGGAGAUUUUGAGAAAUUUGAUGCUGAAGAAGAGCAAGAAAAUGAAGGUUAUUUUGGUACUAUCAUGAACCUAUUAAACUCCAUCCUCGGCAUAGAAAUUCUUGCAGGGCCUUUCGCUUUUCGACCAACAGGAUUAAUUCCAUCACUCUUUCUAUUAGGUAUAAUGGGUGCUUUAUCAAACAUUGCUACAUCUAUGUUAAUCAAGCUUGAGAAAUUAUCCGAUUCAAAAAGUUUAGAUGACUUAUCUUUCGCAGUCCUUGGUGGCACUGGCCAAACAAUCGUUUCAAUACUCACAUUGAUCUUCUGCAUCACAUGCAAUCUCGCUUACCUCAUUAUUGCUGUCAAUAACAUUGUUUUAUGGUUUUCCAAAGUUUUGAACCUCGCAGAACCACUUUGGAGGCGAUCAGUAACAGCUUUGAUAUACUCUCUCCUUCUACCUGUCCCUCUUUCAUUCCCUAAGUCAAUUCGAUUUUUAUCGUAUUUAUCAACUUUCACAAUUUUACUUAUGCUCUUCUACUUUGGAUCAUUUAUUGCUCAGGGCAUCAUUUAUUUCGCGAUUAACAAGAACAAAGCUGCAAAUACUUUUUCAUUGGGAAGAUUAGGCGAUGGAAUCAAUGUUUUCCAGUCAAUCUCACUUUUGAGUUUAGGCUUUACCCUUCCACUUACUUCGCUUCCAAUUUUAGAGAAAUUUAACAAAGAAGUCAAACCAAGAAGAAUUUCUCUAUUUAUUACAACAAUACUCGCGUUUAUUAUAAUUGCUAUACCUAGUGGACUCGGAUACGCUAUGUUUGGUGAUGAUACGAAGCAGAUUAUUUUGGAUAAUUUUGAUAAUGAUAAAUUAUUCAUAGCUGUUGGUGCUUCUUUCUUCAUUGCAACAACAUUUUCGUAUCCAUGCCUCAAUAGACAGAUCCUUUCAUCAUGGUCAGCCAUUAUUUACAGUGAAGGAGACCCAUUUAAACUUGAUAAGUGCAAAUAUGCUGCAAUUCAGUUUAUUUCACACGUAUUCCCUGUUGCUCUUGUUAUGGUUGUCCCUAGAUCAGGUCCUGUCCUCCAAAUUUGUGGUGCAAUCGGUGGAUGUAUCGUAGAUUUCUCAAUUCCUGCUCUUCUUUGGCUUGUUGGCAAGCGACCAUCAUGGAAACAAUGGGAUUUAUACGCAUGCAUCCUUCUCUUCUUAUUUGGACUUGUUUCUUGUGGAAUUAGCUUGUAUUUCGGUAUCAACGACAUAAUUGAAGAAGUUAAAGGUACACCGAAGAAAUAA